AAUUAAUAUAGUUGAAAUUAAUACAGACGGUCUAUAAAUAAUAUAUAAUUUUUGUCAGCCAUGAACAGAUUAAGGAAAAUUUUAUCUAAACUUCGGAAACCAAAGAGUGGACCAGGAGAAAUCGAAGCAUACAAAAGUGCAUAUAAUCAGUUAAGUCUGGCCAACCCAUUCAGACAAUUAACUGGGAAAGAAAAUGAAGCAGUUAUCAUUAUGGAUAACCGAGAACUUUUCAAGUCUGAUAACCCACCCAAUAACAGUGUUUUCUUAACCUGUCCUCAUGCCAGCAAAGAUAUAAAAUAUAUGCCUCUCAACAACUUGGAUGAUAUGAUCCUCUACUCACAGAAUGCUUACGACAUCGGAGCGUUUGAGCUCACGAAUGACUUGUCCGAAAGUCUACAGUGUGUUGCUUUGCUAAGCAACUUCUGUAAGCUUCUGAUCGACCCGAACAAGUCAAUCGCUUCAAAACAUCUUGUACCUGAUUACGUUCUGCAUCAUGAAACAAUUGACCCUGAGUUCCAGAGUAGUCAUCAGGGCGCUUUCGCUCGCCCUGAUGGCAAAAUGGGUAUUGAAAUGAACAGAAGAGCUAUUGUCGGAGAUAGGCUGGAUUACUACUACAUCGAGUACCAUAAACUCGUAGGGGAGGCCCUGGCCUUCCUAGAGCCCCAGUUGCAUAUUGAUAUCCAUACUUAUGAAUGACUGAGUAAUUAUUUCCCAGAUGAUGCCUCAUUGAUGGAUGAAGAAAGUAUUGGUAUUCAAGUUUACUCGAAGACUGAAAAUAAUUUCAUUGCAGAAGCAUUACAAGAUGAGGAUUCUGGAUUGAAAGUUUUUACAGAUCCAUUCAUUCCAAGUCUUUCACAUCACCAGUGAGGCACCUUCACAUUAGACUCAGUUGCCGAUUACGACCUCGAAGGAACCAGCAGUAUACAAAGCCUCCAACUCAGCAUCCCCAAUCACUGGGCUAUGGACUCCGAGUUCAGACUCUACCUCAUCGAAAUCCUGACCAGCACAAUCCAAAAUUCCAUUAAAACUCCCUAAAAUUCCAAAAA